AUGGGGAAUGAACUAAGCACUUUAACUGAAGAAGAAAAACGCAUUCUACGUCAUCCACAAUCGGGUCAAGCAAGUCAAUUUUAUUGGGCUUGUCGAAAUGGCGAUGUGCGACGUGUUCGUGAAUUGGUUGAAACGAUUCCUUAUGAAGAUUUGAAUUGUCUGGAACCUAAUGGUAGUACAGCAUUACAUGCCGCUGCUCAUGGUGGACAUGUCGAAAUCGUUCGUAUUCUUUUGAAUGAACAAGGCUGUCGACGAGAUCGUCCGAAUUGUCACGGUCUCACUGCAUAUGAAGAAGCACAAACGGAAGAAAUUCGUCAAUUAUUCCAUAGACCCAGUGGAACAAAUCGCUUUUGUGAUGACAAAGAACAAGAGUCACUUGAUCUGUUUCAAGUCGCAAAGUCAGAAGAUCCUAUUCCAGAUGAAGAUUUUGACAAGGACGGUUAUUUAAAAGGACAUGGAACAUCGGAAGAUCUAAACAAAGUGCGAAAAGAUCAAGGUACUGGAAAAAUGCUCACACAGUCGACUGUUGGUCGCGUACUUCAUAUAAACACAGGACCUUUGUUCAUGUAUAGAAAGUACCUUGAAAAACAACUACGCGAUCUUAUUCCUGCUGAUCAUGAAGAAAAGGCAAAGUCAGAAAUGUUAGUCCAGAGAGCAUUCGAAGAAGAAAAUCCCUUGUUUUUACUUCGAUUAUAUACUUUGGAAACGCCAUUCUAUCGUGGAAUAGGUUCUGCUACUAUGCCACUUUUAGGGUCGAUCGAAGGAUUAUUGUACAAAGUGAAAUCACGAUACUUUCAAGGUACAUCUUAUCGUGGUCUGAAAAUGACCACAGAAAAUCUUCGUCCUUAUCAGUGGUCAUUGAAGAAAAACGCAGCGAUCGAAACAAAAACAUUCUGUUCGACUUCAUUAGAGCGAAAAGUGGCACAAUCAUUUGCUGAAGCGUCAACAUCUGGUGAUGAUAAACGAAAAACCUUGAUGAUAUUUCAUUUUGCAAAACGAACUGAACAAGCGAUCAAUUUAGGGAAAAUAUCCGACAAGGAACCAUGUAUUUCUGAAUAUGAAGAUGAAGCAGAAGUUUUAGUUUUUCCAGAAACAUUAUUUUUCGUCAAACAAAUUGACAUGGAUUCAAGUUUUACACUUAUCUAUUUAGAACAUCUCUUCGUUCGACCUAGUUCAUUCAUAAGUGGAGCGAAAGGAUUGUAUGACAUUAUGAAAGAGAAAAGAAAAUAA